CUCAUUGCGGCCAUUUUCAUCUGCAGCAUCGGGGGGACAUUUCAGUAUGGAUUCAAUGUUUCUGUAAUGACUUCCCCCUCUCAAUUCAUAAAAGAGCUGGUGAAUAAAAGCUGUGUUGAAAGAUACGACCGAAUCUUAAUGGACUGGGAGGUGUCUCUCAUCUGGUCCUUCACAGUGUCUAUUUUCUGCAUCGGGGGGUUGCUGGGAUCACUGAUCGCAAGUUCUAUCAGUUCAAGAUUUGGCAGAAAGCGCUGUCUUCUAUUAAAUAAUUUUUGGGCUAUAUUAGGAGCCAUAUUGAUGAUCUCAAGCCGAACAGCCAAUUCCUUUGAGAUGAUAAUGGUGGGGAGAUUUCUCUACGGCAUCAAUGCAGGAGUCGGUCUCUCAGCUCAAGCGAUGUAUCUCAAUGAAUCUUCUCCUAAGAAUCUGAGAGCGAUGGUGGGCGUCACCAUUGCGACUGCUUUAUCCAUCGGGAAGUUCUGUGGUCAGCUGCUGGGGAUCAGGGAAUUGCUUGGCACAGAGAAGAGUUGGCCCUGGCUGCUUGGUUUCAAUGGCUCCACUGCAUUGUUCCAGCUCUGUACUCUUCCUCUCCUGCCAGAGUCUCCCAGGUUCCUGCUGCUGGAAAGAGGAGACCUCCAGGCCUCUGAGAAUGCUUUUAGGAAACUAUGGGGCAAGAAAGAUUACAGAAAGGAAGUUGUGGAGAUGCUGGAGGAGAAAGCAGCUCUGCAGAGCAUCCGAAGCUGCUCGGUUUUGGAGCUAAUUCAGAACCGAACAGUUCGCUGGCAGCUCCUCACCAUUGUUAUCGUCUUCUUCGCGCUGCAGUUCAGUGGCAUCAAUGCUGUGUAUUUUUACUCUUUUGAUGUAUUUCGAGCUGCAGGGAUCCAAGAACACAGGUUAGCAUACGCUGCCUUGGGGACAGGCCUCUGUGAAUUAACCACCUCUAUAGCCUGUUUUAUGAUAAUUGAGAACAUGGGCAGAAAGGACCUGAUGUUCAGAGGUUACAUAGGAAUGGCUGCAUCUCUGGGCCUCCUCUCUGUCGCUGUUUACUUUCAGAAAACUGUCUGGUGGCUGCCGUACUGCAGCAUGGUUCUCGUUUUCGUCUUCAUUUCCUUCUUUUCCAGUGGACCAGCUGCUACGACGAUUCCUCUUCCCGGGGAUAUUUUAACUCAGUCGUUUAAAUCAGCUGGCUACACAGUCGGAUGCACAGUGAACUGGACCUGCCUGUUUGUUCUGGGGUCACUUUUCCCCAUCUUGGUGGAGAACCUUGGCAAUUUUUGCUUCCUCAUAUUUAUGGCUGUUUGCCUCAUCUGUGGGUUUCAUGUGAGGUUCAACAUGCCGGAGACCAAAGCACGAACAGCGCUGGAAAUAUCUGCUGAGUUUGACAGGAUGCAUGCCAAAGAUAAAACCUCACAGAAGAAAAACUCAUCUAAAAUCUGUGAAAUCAAACCACAGGAGACCAAAUUAUGAUGCAGUGUUUGGCAAAGCUUACAGCUACUUUAUAAGUGCUAUAUUCUGAGUUUAGUUCAGUGAUCAGUUUUUUUUUCUAAAAGUUAUAAGUAAAAAAAAAACGAUA